CACCCCUCUCCCCAAAAACCCUAACCCAUCUUUCUCUCUUUGCUUCUUCCUUCCUUUCUUUCCCCGGAUCUCUGUUCCGCUUCCGCAUUGUACUCUCUGUCUCCUGAAUAGUGGCUUGUAUUAAUUAUCUCACUUGGAUUUGUUGACGGAGGCAGCAAUGGCUUCAGAUCUGAUCCAACCAAGAGAUGUAUGUGUUGUUGGUGUUGCACGUACACCAAUGGGUAGCUUUCUUGGUGCUUUGUCUUCUUUGUCGGCAACCAAACUCGGAUCUGUAGCGAUUGAAUGUGCUCUUAAAAGGGCUGGCAUUGAUCCAGCACUUGUGCAAGAAGUCUUUUUUGGCAAUGUUUUGAGUGCAAAUCUUGGGCAAGCUCCUGCUAGGCAAGCUGCACUAGGUGCUGGAAUACCAAAUACUGUUGUUUGUACUACCAUCAACAAAGUCUGUGCAUCUGGAAUGAAGGCCACAAUGUUUGCGGCACAGAGUAUCCAGCUGGGUAUCAAUGAUGUAGUUGUGGCAGGUGGCAUGGAAAGCAUGUCAAAUGCCCCUAAAUAUGUUGCAGAAGCAAGAAAGGGUUCUCGAUUUGGACAUGAUACUCUAGUCGAUGGAAUGCUUAAGGAUGGUCUUUGGGAUGUAUACAAUAACUAUGCCAUGGGAAUGUGUGCUGAACUUUGUGCUGAUCAUCAUUUGAUAACAAGGGAAGAGCAGGAUGAUUAUGCUAUUCAAAGCAAUGAGCGUGGUAUAACUGCAAAGACUAGUGGUGCAUUUGCAUGGGAAAUAGCUCCAGUUGAAGUAUCGGCAGGCAGAGGAAAACCAUCAGUGAUCAUUGAUAAGGAUGAAAGCCUGGAAAAGUUUGAUCCUGUAAAACUGAGGAAGCUCAGGCCAAGUUUUAAGGACAAUGGUGGUACAGUUACAGCUGGAAAUGCAUCUAGUAUCAGUGAUGGUGCUGCUGCUUUAGUCCUAGUAAGUGGAAAGAAGGCUCUAGAACUGGGAUUGCAAGUGAUUGCAAAGAUCAGAGGCUAUGCUGAUGCUGCUCAUGCCCCUGAGUUAUUCACAACAGCACCUGCACUUGCAAUUCCAAAAGCUAUUUCAAAUGCUGGCUUGGAGGCUUCUCAAGUAGAUUAUUAUGAAAUAAAUGAAGCCUUCUCUGUCGUCGCCCUCGCAAAUCAAAAGCUUCUUUCGCUCCCUUCUGAUAAAGUUAAUGUUCAUGGUGGGGCUGUAUCCUUGGGACACCCUUUAGGUUGCAGUGGAGCUCGCAUACUGGUCACCUUGCUAGGGGUUUUGAGACAAAGAAACAGCAAGAUUGGAGUUGCUGGUGUCUGCAACGGUGGCGGGGGAGCCUCUGCACUCGUUUUAGAGCUCCUGUAGCUUCAUUUGAUCCACAGGUGUGUGUGUCAUCUGGCAGCGGAGCGGAGCCUUCGUCCUCUAUCCUCAUGGAAAUUUUCUUUUCUUUCUCUGGCUCCAUUUAUUUUCUAGUUGGCGAAUGUUGUGAUCCACUCCCAGAAACAUCUUUGAUCUGAGAAACAUAUUUUCUCAUCAUCGGAAUAAAUUCAUUUUCUUUUUUUUUA